AUGGUGCCGCGACGGAAAGAACCAACAAGUAUUGACUGCGAGAUUGUGGAAGCGAAGGGUAAAGGUCCUCUGCUGGAACUGAAGCGCUAUCAAGAGCAAGGACGCCUGAUCCGAGUCAAUUGCGCGACCUACUGCGACCAAAUUCUGGAUAAGAUCGACGCGUAUUAUAGCGAAACCGCCGAGGUACUCCCGUUCAUCUGUGUGGAAGGUUCGUCGGGCAUGGGGAAAUCGCAGCUGGCUUUCGCGUUAUAUGGGCGCCGGCCGUAUUUCUACUGGCUCGGUGGGCACGUUCAGAUAGGCGAUCAAGUGUUGUAUAUGAACUUUUCAUCGGCAUCGGACGCCUUUCUUAAGUGCGUGGAGAACGACCGUGUGAAGCUUGUUCAAGAGGAUCUUGUCCUUCGCACCGAGUCGGACUUCUACCGCCAAGAGUUGUGGGCUUACGGAUUUAUUCGCGUGCUGCUAGAACGGUGUGACUUUAAAAAACGGGGAAUGAUCCGUUUCGAGGAGCCUAUGGCACUCCACGUGACAAAGUGUGAUCGGGAAGCUGUUCGUGCUGCUGUUAGCAACGUGGAAAAAGGAAAGGGCAACAAGUUGCCAUUCUUCAUCUUGGAUGAGAUGCCGCCAGACUCCGAUGGGGGACUUAACGAGGCUGCCUUUCAGCGCAAUGUCUUCCGUGCCUGUGGUCUAUUGGUAAUGCUCAUGGGGACAGACUCCAAAAUAACCAAUCUGGUUAACCAUUCUACCAAAAGCUCGGGGGCUGCGCACCAGUGGGUGUCGGUUGUGCCAAGGUUCCCGAGUUAUCAGCUGUUGCUUUUCACGCAGAACGAGAAGAACACUUGGCCAGAAGUUGUGGGACGAUACUCUGUCUUGGGUGACAUUGCGGAGAACUCACGUGGUAGGUUUUCGAGACUUUUCAUCGACGAAGUGGUGGAUGUCUUCCAGCGAGACCCCAGCGUGGAUCUCUGUGAAUUGCUUGAUACUGCAUUUUCCCGUGUUGCCAAGGAAACGCACAAUUCCAAGCACUUCUUGAAUUCGUACAGAGGAAAGUCAGCUCAGCUACUAGCGAUUUCUUACACGAACGCAAUGGAGUGUGAAAGUGUGAUCGAGCCACCUCAGAAGAAGCAACGUGUACAAGUGCAGACGACUGGUAUGCACAAACACUUUGCAAACUUGGUUGACAAGGAGGUUACAGAUGUGUCGUUGUCGAACAAGAAGCUGGUGACCGAUGCCGGUGGUUGGGCGCCAAAAUGCAGUUUUUCAGCAAUCGAGGAUGACAUGCUGCUGUACCUUGCGAUACUGGGCGGCAAACGGUAUUCGAGUUACUAUGAUGAUAUCGAUCGUGCGUCGUACUCAACGAAGCGUAUCUUCUCGAUCGUAUAUUGCAACGAGUAUGCUAUCAGUGAAAGCACGAGCGCUCCAAGCCUGGAUUAUAAAAGAUACGAGAAUAUGGUCGCUCACGCAAUUUUCAGUUCAUCUCGAAGGAAUGGAGUGCGAGGGAUUGGCUUCGACGACUUCUUCCAAUGCUUCCUGGGUGAGUUUGAAGAAAAUACGUGGAUGCAGAUGGCGGUGUUGCUGGAGAAAGACGUUCCAGCCCACCCUCUAACAAAGAGAAAGAUCCCGUUUCUGGCCCCUCCCAAUGCGGAGUGGCCACAGUGUAUCCUCGCCACCAACUUGCAAGGUUGCAAGUUUGGUCACUUGGUUCGCGCCCCGAACAAGGACAGAUGUGACGUGUACGUGCAGGACGUGGAUAACAAGAACGAAAAGGCGAUGCUUAUUUUCGAGUGCAAGUAUAGAAAGGAGAGAAUUAAUAUUGGUGUGAUGAAAGGCAUCGUCGACGGAUUGAACUCCGAGUGGGAAGGCUGGGAGUUGGUGGUGGUGUUUUGCGUCGAGCUGGCAGCCGUUGAUUGGCAACAUAAGAGCAUUGGCUGUGUUAGGAUCAGUCGGGGGGAAACUGCUGGAACCGUGAUUGCAAGGUGGGUUUUCCAACCGGAACAGGAAAAUCGAAAGCAGUUGGUGAUCGUGAUCGAGACGGGGGAGAUAACAAGCUCCAACACGUAG